CGAAAAUAAAAAUAAAAAAAGAGUUCCAACUGGUUGGUGAGAGUGAAGCAAGAAGAUUUCAUCCCCGUUUUUUGAGAGAGAAGCUCGAUCCUUCGAGUUAAAAACUUUUAGCUUUGGACAGACUGCGAAGGUCCACUGGUGCUAGCAGAGUUAUUGUAAUCCACCGGAAAGAUAUGGCAGAGCAUGUUUUGAGUUUGGACCAAGAAAACAAGCAUGAGAUCAACAAUGGACUGGAAAAACAAGAAAUCAACGAGGACAGCCCGAAUUUGGACAACACAUUUCCUUUUGCUGGGCUCAAUCUCUUCUUAAUCUUGUCCUUCCUCUCGCUAUCAUCUGAAGAAUGUUUGAAUUUGGACGAGAAAAUCCAAGAGACAAAAGUACAAGAUCUUGAGCACAAAUCGAAACCCGGGUCUUGUUUUGUGCCGAGAAGGCGAGAAAUCAGCCACAUUCAAGCUGUCGGUAGGCAAUCGUCAAAGGUGAACACAAAGAUCAGGGACUUCAGGCACUGUAGAAGAAUGUGAAUUGUGUAUCGAAGAGGAAAGCAUGGAUCAUUCAUCUAAUCAUUGCCUGAGAGUGAAAGAAAUGCAGCUUAGUACACUCGAUUAUUGCAUGUUUCUACCAGUAGAAACAUACGAUACAGAUAUUGUGAGAUAGCUUAAAGAAGAUGGAAAAUGAGAGUCACUUUUAGUAAAGUAAUUUACAUCCAUCUGUGUAUAGCACAACACAUUUACCAGAGUUAGUUCAGUUUUAAAUUAGAAAAACGUUUUGCACCACUAGCUGGUGCUUGCUUAUAAAAGGUCGUGUAUGUAAGUGUCGAAACUAUCUACUCUAAUGCUCUAAUGAAUUAUCGUUGAAUUUAGGUAACAAUAA